AUGCCUCCAACCAAAUCACCUAGUAAGGCUAGAGGAGGGAAGAACAAAGUGGUGGCUGGAAAGAUAGACAAACAAGAACCAAUUCCUCCCAAAAAAGGAGGCAAGAAUGCAUCCCAAGGCCUCUCAGACACUAAAGAAAGUACAAGUGGGAAAGGAAAGAGUAAAAAGGAAGAGAUAGCUAGGAAUGAGAAGUACGAAAAGGAUGAGGAGAAGAAAACUGGGAAGAAAAACCAAAUCGAGGCUCCAGAAAAUGAAGAGAUACAGUCCUCUAGGCAAAUAGCCAAAGGGAGGAAGCAGAAUGGCAAAAUUGUACCUGCAAAGGUGACAAGCAAUGGUGUUAAAGGUAAAGGUAGAGCUGGGAAAGGUGUCAAAUCAAAACCUGACCAGAAAAAAAAAGCAGGCAAAACUCCUGCAAAAGGUGCAAGAAGGAAAGGUGGUAAAGUAGUGGACACGGAAGAGGAUGAAUCAGAAAGUGAGAGAUCAGAGAGCUCACAACAAGAGAGUGAAGAAGAUGGUGCAGAUAACAAGAAGGAGGGGUCAGAUUGUGUGGAGAAGACUGUUGAGACCGAUGUGAGCAUAGUAAGUGGUGAAGAAGAGCUGUCAGACACAGACAAGAAGACAGAAGGGGAGGAAGAAAUAGAAGAUAAAGAAGAAAAGGAAAGUGAAAGAGAGGACAAUACCGAUGGACCCUCUGAAAGUAAAGUUAAAGAAGAACCAGAGGAGGAACCUGCUAGCAGUGUGGAAGAAGUAUACUCUAAGGAGGUGCUGAGCGAUACUGGGCAAGAAAGCACACAGGGAGAGAUUGGUAGUUCGUCUACGAAGCCAGCAGGACUGCUAAACCUGACUGCCCACUUUCAAGGCCAGAAAAAGAUGUUGAAAUCCAAGGUACUACAAAAGAAGGCACCCUCUAAAAAAAAGCAACCUAAAGAAGGGUCUGUGGCUUCAGAAGUCCUAAUUAAGGGAAUGACUCUUUCCAAAGGUGACACCACUAAAAGUAAGUCUCAACUUCUACAGUUGGCAAGUAAUACAAAGGACAUUAAAAAGGCAGAGGAGGUAGAUCAACAGGAAGAUAAGGCAACAGGCCUUACACAAGGCCCGAAAGGAUUGUUGAACAGACAGUCUCGGAUGCUAUUUACAAUGAAAGGCAAAGGAAAAGAUGAUAAAAAGAAAAACACCAAAGAGGAACCACCAAAAGACACUAAACAUGAAUUAACCGAUGAAGAGCAAACAGAGAAAACAGCAGAGGAUGCAACCGAGCCCAAAGAGGCAAUGCCUUCAAAGUCAACAAACCGUUUAAUGGCACAGAAAAGAGGCAUGACAACUUUGCGACGCGUCUCAGGUUGGAUUCAGAAGAAUAUGCCAAAGGGCAUCUAUGUUAGAAGAAAAUUGUCAGCAGUCACCCAAGCAAUUGGGACUUCAAAAUGGCUCCCUGCUUUGGUAUUGAAGAAGAAGAGUGGCAGCACAAAGUCAAAAAAGAGUCUUCUCAGGCACAAGAUGGUUAUGAAAAUGGCAAGUAGUGGUGGAAAAUCAAAGAAAAAGGUAUCAACCUCAGAUGAUUCCAAGAUAGAAGAGACAUCCAUUCUCCAGGAUACCACAGCUGACAACCAGGUUGAUUCAUCUGAUGAGCCACAAGACUUGGAGGAAAAGGCCAACUCAGGAGAUGCCAAAUAUGCCAUUGUGUUCCCCAGGAUGAACAAAACUGGCAAAGUAAAGGAAGCCACUGGUACAUUGACUAGCACCACCACAGACAAUGGUACUACCACAGAGCGUAAGCCACCAAAGCCUGGUGCCCGUUUGGUUCUUCCAGUAAAGCCAGACCUCAGCCUUCUAAAGUCCAUCAAGAAAAACGCACAAGAAAGUGAUAAAAGUGGCAGCCUAAACACACGAGUGACCGAGAGGCAGCCGGAGGUCAAAGCCAACAACAAAGAGCCAACGUUACUCAUCAAAGACGGUAAAAGUGUCCUGCAAGCGGCCAAGGGAAAACUUGGGGGAUCUCAAAUAAAUAUCACCAAGCUGUCUAUUUCCAAGCCUUUGCUUAAUGGCGGUGUGGGUACGGUACAGAGCAGAGAAUUAGAAAGGAAUGAGAGGAAUCUGGGGAACGCAUCAACAGAAGCCGAUACAUGGAGGGAUGGUGUGAAGCGACCUUCUUAUGAGGAGGAUGCAGACCAAGAGGUGGCAGAAUUGAUGGGUGAGGGUCUUUUGCCCUCGCCUGUGGAGCUACACUGGGCUCAGAAUCACCAGAUAUGUGGUGAUCCUCAAGAUUGGAUGCGCCCAGAGAACCUCCUGUCCCAUCAAACGGUGGAGAAGCUCACUAAAUGGACAGUGUAUCAGGAUGAAGAACACGCCCACACCAUUCCAGUUCAUAAUGGCAGAGGCCCGUGGGAAUCUGAAGAUCCAACCCAAAACAUGUUAGAGGGGAGACUUAACAGCACACAGGUACUGAUGCCAGGAAGCGGCCAGGCUGUGGAGGUGGAUGAGGUGGAAGAUUUGGCACAGCUGGAAGAGGUGUGUGAGAGCUCCGUUUUGCUGAAUCUUAAGAAGCGGUUUCAUCGAGACUCCAUUUAUACGUAUAUUGGCAAUAUGCUCUUGUCCAUUAACCCCUUCAAGCCUCUCAGUAUCUACACUGAAGAGCUGAGACAGCAGUACCAGGGUAAAGAGAAGCACCAUAAUCCACCUCACAUUUAUGCUAUGGCAGAUGCUGCCUUUUGCCAAUCUCAGAGUACAGCCCAGGAGCACUGCAUCAUCAUAAAUGGGCAGAGUGGAUCGGGCAAGACAGAGGCUGCCAAGCUCAUUGUCCACUACCUCAGUUCCAUGUAUCAGGGUAGAAACGAUAAAUUACGCCAGCCAAUGGAGGUUUUGCCCAUUCUUGAGAGCUUUGGAAAUGCCAAGACUAUACUUAACAACAACUCUAGCCGAUUUGGAAAGUAUCUACACAUCCAUAUACGCCAUGGUGUUGUAGUCGGGACUUCUUUGUCAAAGUAUCUCCUUGAAAAGUCACGAGUUGUAUUUCAGGCCAAGGAAGAGAGAAACUACCAUGUGUUUUAUGAACUCCUGGCUGGAAUGAAUGAGUGGGACAAGCAAGAUCUUUACCUGCAAGGAGCUGAGACCUACUUCUAUCUCAACCAGGGCAGGGCUUGUGAGCUACAAGGGAAGCAUGAGAAGCAAGACUUCUUGCUCUUGAUCCACUGCUUGGAGACGAUUGGUUUACAUGCAGAUCAACUUGCAACCAUUUGGGCCAUUCUGUCAUCCAUUCUGCAGCUGGGCAACAUUUGCUUCAGUUCUUAUGAGAGUGAAUCGUUUGAGGUGGCCCGUAUUUUCAGUGAAGCUGAAGCUCGGAGAGUGGGAAACCUCUUGCAGGUGUCAGCUGAGGCCUUACAGAUCGUCAUCACUCACCGGGUUACAGAAACAUCUUAUGAUAGGAUCUACUGCCCUCUAUCUGUGGAAAGUGCCAUUGAAUCCAGAGAUGCCAUUGCCAAGACGCUGUACUCUGUGCUGUUUGAUUGGAUGCUUGAACGCAUCAAUGAGUGGUUGAUCCCCACAGAGAUGGACAGCACUGUUGGCGUCGUGGACAUAUACGGCUUUGAGGACCUGAGUGUAAACAGUUUUGAGCAGCUGUGCAUUAACUUUGCCAACGAGCAGCUGCAACAGUUUGUGAACAAAGCCGUGGUGUCACAAGAGCAGGAAGAAUACAGUGCAGAACAGAUUCAGUGGUAUCCAAUAGCCCUGAAAGACUCUCAUGUAUGUCUGGAUCUCAUCUCAGCACGACCGUAUGGAAUUCUUCGCAUCCUGGAUGACCAGACCUGCUUGCCUCAAGCUACAGACCACACAUUCUUGCAGAAAUGUCACUAUCACCAUGGUAACAGCCCUUACUACACCAAGCCCAAAAUUCCUCUCCCAGUGUUCACAAUAUAUCACUAUGCUGGGGCUGUCACAUACCAGGUGCACAACUUUCUAAAUAAAAAUCACGACCAGUUUCGACCCGAAGUAUUGGAGCUUUUUGCUCGCAGCAGGUUACAGAUGGUAUCAAGUCUCUUCCGAAAGGUUCAGGAGCGUUACAUUCAGCAGAAAGAGCUGGGAAGAGCAAGAGGCCACCGCAACCAGAUGUCAACAGUAGCUGCUCACUUUCAACAAUCACUUACAGAACUUACCACCCGUUUGGAGAGGUGUAAAACUACAUUUAUACGAUGCUUUAAGCCAAACUAUGUUAAGUUUCCAGGCAUAUUUGAUGUCGACUACAUAACUACACAGCUGAGGCAUGGAGGGAUACUGGAGACCAUUCACAUACGAAAAGAGGGAUUUCCUAUUCGCAUCCCCUUUAGUCUGUUCAUGGAGAGAUAUGGUGUGUUACUAGCCCAGAAACCUACACACCUGUCUUGUAAAGAGCAGGUGGUUACUUUACUGGACACUAUUGGAGCAGAAGUAGGCCAGUACCAGCUAGGACUCACAAAGGUGUUUCUGAAAGAGACUCUCUACCAGAGGGUAGAGGAAAAAUGGAGUAGUACCCAAACAUGGGCGGCAGUCACCAUCCAAAGGAACAUUCGUGGCUUUAUUUGCAGACGCAACUUCCGUUUCUUUAAACAGAAGGCCAUCGUCAUCCAGUCCCAUAUCAGGGGCCACCAGGCCAGGAAGUACUACAAGAGACUGAAGCAAUCCUUCACUCAGUUCUGGGCAACUAUUUUGAUCACCCAGAACACCAUCAAAAGACGUCAUUGGAGGGAACAUACUGAUAAAAGCAGAGUGAAGCACGUUGCAAAACCUACAUCAACGUCUUCAGAGAUGGAUGUGGGAAUAUUGGAGAUCCCGGCAGAACUGUCAGCCAGAUUACGCAGUGCAGCAGGGCGACCUCAAGGAUCAGGGGUAACAGAAGUAGCUCUGCCACAAGUAAAAGCAGAACACAACCUGUCACUGCCGCUAAAUAUUGACAGUCAUCCUUUUUCUCAAUAUGCCAACACAGUCUUAAAGGAUGGAUGGUGCCAACCGCAGGGCUACCCGCUACAGAAGUCCCUGACUUCUCUUGACCAUGAGGAUGCCCGUACUGCUCUUGAAAUCUACAAACUGAUCAUGCGUUUCACCGGAGACUCAGAUCUGACUGGAUGGCAAGAGCAGAUGUUAGGGAACUACAUUGUGGAGAAGAGCCAGACACGGCCCAACAUCAGAGAUGAGAUUCUAGCCCAGUUGGUCUACCACACUUGGGACGGGGAGAGAGAGGAGAGUGCCCUGCGGGGCUGGUUGCUUCUGGCCUGCUGUCUGAGUGCCUUCACACCCUCUCCUGCCCUGGAGAAACCCCUACUAAAGUAUGUAUCAGAUCGAGGUCCAGGGGAGUACCGCUCUCUGUGCCAGCACAAGCUGCUUACUUCCCUCCAGCUUCCCUCACCUACCUGUAGGCGGUAUCCUCCAACUCAGCUGGAGUGGACAGCCAAUCAAAGAAAAGGAAAGAUGGUGGUGGAGGUCAACACAUUCAAUGAGGAGAGGUUAACUGUGGAGGUGGAGUCCUGGACGACAGGGGAGCAACUGGCUUCCUGGCUACUUAGCCACAGGGGUCUGACUGAAGCUACAAGAGGCUGGUCUGUGUCUCUGCUGGCUGGGGAAGGCUGGACCGAUCUGGCUGGCUGUGACUUUGUUUUGGAUCUCUUGGCUGGAGUGGAGGCUGAUGUGCCCAUGGGUCACCCAUCUGCACAACCUGAUUACCUCUUCAGUGACAUGGGGGACAGGAUGAUGACCACAGACCUGGAUGACUUUAUACCACCUGCUCCCUCUAUGCAAGCCCCUGGGCUCCCCUCCUUUGAGACAUCUCCAUGGGAUACCUACGAACCCACUUCCACAUCUCAGGGAUCUCGAGGGCGGCGGAUGGAUUCUUACGUUGAUGACCUCUUUGACCCUGUGUUAGAUCAGGGUCCUCCGGACUCUGAACGAAUGGCUAUGCUGAAUCGUAGAAUGAGAGGAGGAGGAGGGAUGAUGCCCAGCAUGUACACUGGAGCAGGUACUCUUAUGUCUUGUGCUUUUAAAUUAGGAAUGCCAAUCAAUCCUGCCAUGGCUGGUUAUGCUGCCACACCGAUGAUGCCAAAUAUGAUGCCCGCUACUGCAGCCACAUCCAUGAUGCAACCCAUGCCACCCAUGCCUGUGACCACACCAGCUGUCAACACAGACCAAAUGGCUGCUCAGCAGCAGGCAUUUAUCAAUCAACAGGCUUUGCUCCUGGCCCAGCAGAUGACCAUGCAGGCAAUGACACUGUCCCAGAAAAAGCAUCAGGAAGAGUUGCACAAACGUCAGAAAGAGUCUCAGAGAGAGUCUCCACGGCAAUGGCAGCGCUCUCCUCCACGUGCACGCUCACCCUCACCCAGGCACUCACCAACACCGAAACCUAAAGCAAAACCCAGCCACCCCCCACCAGAGAGAACCAGUCCUCAGAGCCCCAAAAAUGCCCCAGAGACCCCUCCAAAGCCCCGCAGCUCCGAGCCUGAGAAUGAAGUGGAUAUUAAGGCCCCAGAAGUUCAAGGGUCCUUUAAAGAAAAGAGAGAUUUUUUUCAAAAGAUUGGUACAUCAGAGGCACGCACAAAGACUGCACCAAAGGUUGCUAAGCCACUGAUAUAUGCCUCUCCACCAGUGUCUGAACACAAAUCACCUCCUCCAAUCAAGACUGAAGUGAAACCCCUCCCAGAACCUCCUAAAAUCACAGAAAUCGAACCAGAAUCUCCAGAACCCACCUCUCCUAAACCAGAACCUACUAGUAACAUUAGAGAAAUUAUUAAGUGGUAUCAGAGCCGGCCCUCUCCAGAACCUAAAGCCUUCGAACCUGUCAAGGUUCCGGCCAAGCACUUUGUAAAGAAAAAUGAUCCAAAAGAAGAAGCACUGGCCAUUCUCAAAGCUCAAGGACCUGUUUCUCAGCAGAAGAAACAAUGGGAUGAUAUGCCUCCUCCACCCCCUCCACCCCCUCCACCCCCUGAGUCCUCCACCCGUGGCCCUCGCACCAUCUCCAACAAUAUGAGACAGAAGCAGCUCUCAUUAGCUGAUCUCUUUGGCUCACAGCGAUCACAGGCUCCGCCUCCACAUCAAGACCCCACCCCCUCUCCACCUUCUAGCGUCCCUGACCCUCCACCAAUGCCUGCACCCGGAAUAAGUAAAAUGGCAGAGGAGGAGAGUGUUCGCUCCCAGAUGCAUCGAUUCUCAGCCAGUGUGCACUUUUCCUACUCCAGUAUGCCUGGCAAACUCUUCCUGCGCAAGGAGGUUUUCUAUCCCAGAGAAAAAUUCAACCACCCAUACAUCCUUAAUUUACUCUGUGAGCAGAUAAUGAGGGACACUUACUCGGAUUCCUGUCUGAGGAUUUCACGUGAAGAACGGCGAAAAAUGAAAGACCUGUUGGCGAGUUUUCAUAUUGGAGCCAGCAUCAGCUCUCUAGAAGAUGACGCAAUGAAGAAAAGAAUCGUCAUGGCAGCAAGGGACAACUGGUCCAAUUACUUUGCACGUCUCUUUAAUGUGAAGGUGGGAAAUGGAGGAGACGCUCAGAUUCUGGGUGUGUCUCAUAGAGGAAUCAGACUGCUGAAGUUGGCCAGAGCAUCAGGCAUAAAUCCCAAACAUCUGAAACUGCUCCACAGCUACAGCUAUGCACAGAUGUUGUCAGUGCAGAAACAAGGAGCUGGAAAGGUGGUGAUCUCUUUGAGUAAUGAGGAGAUAGAACUUCUCUCACCACAGUCUCCACAGAUCGCUGCUGUCAUUAAUCUCUUCCUAAUGGAACUGAUCAAGGACUCAGACUAUGUGAUAGCUGUGAAGAGUUAUGUAACUGAUGACAGGAGCCUGUUGAGCUUCCAAAGAGGUGAUGUCAUCAAACUGUUGCAGAUGGAUGGACUUAAGGAUGGAUGGAUGUUUGGUUCCACUGGAGGCCGCUCCGGACUCUUCCCAGUGGACAUCACUCAGCCCUGUGCCCCACCAGACUACCACAGCAGCAACAUGGAACGACAGCUUGAAAGGAGAAAGAGUAUGAGACUCUCUAGCACCUCUCCCAAUAUCCCUGCUGUCCGCUCAGUGCCAGUCAGCAAUGAGCACAGUGUGGAGGGGAUGUCCAUCCAGAGAUCUGAAUCAGACCGUCAGCAGUAUCCCAUGACUGAGUUUGCCAAACAAUUCUUCACAGAUGCCAUUGGCAGACCAAAUAUGAAAGACCAUCCUAAUGGUGGGAAUGAGAUGGUGGAAUACACUCCGAAUCCCAUUCAAGAAUCCCUUAUCCUUUUCUCAGACAAAGAGCUUAAUCAUCUGGGUGCUCAGAAUUUCAUGGUUUUGAUGCAGUUUAUGUUAGAUCAGCCUCUGAAGAAAAAUCAGACAGAGGGAGACUGUGUUAGAUACAUCCUACAGCUUGGAAAAGAGAAAGAGUUACUCAGAGAUGAGAUCUACUGCCAAGUCGUCAAGCAGACCACCAAAAACCCAGUCAAGGAGAGCUGUACCCGUGGUUGGCGUUUGCUGAAUCUGGUGACCGGAUUCUUCCCCUGUUCUAACACUCUCCUUUCAUAUUUCACCCGCCACCUGGAGACCAUCAUCCGGGAUGCCAACCACCCUUUCCAGGAGCUGGCAAAUGUGUGUGAAAAGAAUCUCAGACGAUCACUCAAUUUUGGAGGACGCAGGCAUAUCCCCUCCCAUUCAGACAUGGAGGCAAUCUUGACUGGGAGAAACUCUCGUCGACUACCCAUCAUGUUGCCGGGUGGAACUGAAUUUAUCUGCAAGAUUCGCAGCUUUAGUGUUGCAUUUGAGGUGGUUACAGAUAUUUGUACAGAGAUGGGUGUCAUGAAUCCAGUAGAGGUGAAGGAAUUUUCUAUCCAUGCCACUAAAAAAGGCGAAAAUGUGGUGCGGCUCAUUCACUCUGAUGAGUAUCUGUUCGACUUCUUGUUGGAUGAUGGCUCAAUCUCCCUCUCCUUUCAUCGAGUUAUCUGGAAACAACCCCUGCACUUCAACAAUGAUCUUUACAUAGAGUUCCACUACCAGCUGCUUCUGGCUAAUUAUCUGGAAGGGAAGCUUCUGCUGCCUGCCAACAGUCCCACAAUUUACCAGCAGGUGGCAGAGUUGACCGUUCUUCAGCACCUCGCCCUCGGACUGACCCAACCACCCUCAAACCCUGAGGUAAAACUGUACCUUCCCUGGGUGGAUCGGGUCAGUGCCAAUGACGAGAGACUUCUUGCGAACAUACGGGCACAGUUUUCUGCCAUCGGCCCCCAUAACCACCUUGAUGCCAAAGCUCGCUUUCUGAAAAUUGUUAGUUCGCUGCCACUAUUUGGAAUGAAUAUAUUCACUGCUCAGAAAGUAAGCCAUCGCAACUGCCCCUCUCCCUCCUUGAUUGCUGUCAACCAUGAAGUUAUUUUGGUCCUUGAUCCUAAAACACAGAACAUAUGCUUGAAAAUGGCUCUGGAAGAUGUGCAGUCCUUGCGCUCAAUCCGCCCCAAAAAAGACAAACUGCCAAUAGUCGAGGUGAACUUUGGCAACCCAACCAGUCUCAAGACUGUCAGCUUCAAUCUAAAGCAGGCAAAGGAGCUUUGCCAUACCGUUGCUGUGAUUAUGGAGGAGGUGGUAAAACCCACUGCCUACAGCAACAUAUCAAGUCGGACUGGAACCCCUAAUUAAACAAUCUACAUAUGCAACUUAAUAUUAUCACAUUAUUCAAUCAGAUGCUCCAAAAAUGUUUCCUGCCAUACAACAUGACAAAUUUUGUAUUUUGAAAAGUUUACAUAUGAUCAAUGCUAAUGAUUUAAAAAUGUUUAAUUUUAUAAUACGUGUAUGAUUUAUUGUCAUAAUGAAUUUAUGCCAUCCAAUAGGGAUGAUUUCUAUUCUAUUUAUAAAGUUGACCUGGUUUUGAAAAUGUUCUGUAUAUGUGUUAUUGUCAUGUUUAAUUAUUUGCCCUCAAAUAAUCAUUAUAAUAAUAAUAAAAAACUUUCAUG